AUGAAUAAUUAACAAACAAUUUCAAAUAAUUGCAUGGUAUUAGAUGAUGAAUCAUAUGAAUAAGAGGAUGAUGAAGAUUUAGAAUAAUACACUAAACAAUUAAAUCUAAAAUAAUUAUUAAAGAACUAAGGUAUUUCACAAAAACUCAAUAAGUUUUAGAUUCUUUAAUGUAACAGAUCAAUUUAUUGAAUGAAUAGGCAACUCUAAAAAUUAAAUAGUAGAAGUACAAAGAAGCAUUGAAAUUAUUAUAAUAAUCUGAAUAAAUGUUAGAAGUAUAAUAAAUUUCAAUAAAAUUAGUUUGCUGCUAGUUGUGGCAGAGUUAUCGAUAGGAAUCUUAUUAUAAUAAUUCUAUAUAAUUAAGCUUGUGCUUAUUAAUGGUAAUCAAUACUUUUAUUCAAGUUAAUGGGUUUUAGAUAAAUGUUCUAAAUAUUUGGAUGGCGUUAUCUAUAAUAUGGAAUUAGCAAUAAAAGAAGAUGAGUUAGAUUUAGAGAAUUUUGCAACAGCUUAAGAAAAAUAGGCAUAAUUAGUGAAGAGAUACACUUUUUUAGCUAAAGCAUAUUUACAAUAUACAGCAAUUUUAAGUCAAAUGGGAAAGUAAUUCAAAAACUAAUAAAUCAUAGACAUAAUAUGGCACUUGUAAAUUCAUAAAAGGCAGCAUCGACAAUGAGAGAGUUGUUUAAGAUAGCUAAUCAUUUCUGUUAAUAGUGGUUAUAGAAUAAUGGAUUAUCAGGAACUGCCACUACAUCUUAAUCAAAUAUAUCAAUAAGAAGCAAUCAAUAAGAAUAAUAAGAUUAAGAUAAAUAGAAGAAAAUACAAAAAUAUCAUAUGAAAGAUGAAAUUGAAUUUGGUAAAUUAGUAAUUGAUGGAGCAAAAGAUAUCUUAAAGGAUAUGAUAAAAUAAGUAGAUCUUGAAAAAAUUCCAGUUAAUGAGAAAUAAUUAUUAAAAGAAGCAAAAAAAUAAUUAUAUUUUUGGAAAAAUAAUCCAGAAAAUAAUGAAAAACAUUUGAGAAAAGAAUUGAAAUUAGUAUCUCAAAAUGAAGAAUAUAGAUCAUUAUUAGGAAUUUAGAAUUUGGCAGAAUGGAUUAAGAAUUUCAAUAUUGGAUCUAUUAUGCAUAUGAUACCAUAAGUUUAUGAUGAUUUUACACAAUUUGGUGAAAUGAUUUAUGAAUUAGCAAAAAGAUAAAUCUUAGAAAAAGUAAUCUAUUUUUCUAUUUCAUACUUUACUAUAGCUACUGAAUUAAGAUUUAUAGAAUUAGAAAAAGCAAAGUAAAUGGGUUUAAAAGAAGACAAAAUAGAUACUGAAGAAUUUAAAUUAAGUGAUAUGUAUCACUUAAAAGCAAUUGAAAUAGCAUGUCGUCAUAUUACAACAUAAUCUCCAUACAUUAGUCAUCUAAUAACUAGUUAUCACAAACAUUAUAAUAUUAAUUUAGAUGUAAUAAAAGAAGAAUCAAUAUUAUCAAGCACUUCUGAAAAAUAAAUUACUUUUUUAUCAAAUCCAGAAAGUACUUAAUAAUUAAAACAUAAUUAAAAAAUAUAAAUCCCAAUUAAUAAUCAUAAUAAAAAUAAUAUUAAAUAAGAUUAAUCUCCUAAAUUAACUAAUAAUUUCAUUACUACCUUUUUAAAUUCAAGAUCACCUCCAAAAACAUAAUAAUAAUCAUAAAUUAAAAAUAUUAUUAAGAAUUAAACUAACUUAAUUGAAUAAAUGAUUAAUUAAAAAAGAGGAUCUGAUUAUUCACCCUCAAAUUAAAAAAAUAAUUCAAAAUAAUAAAACUAAGGAUAAUUUGAUUUCAUGGUUUAUCUUAAGAAAUAAUCUAAUCCUUGUAAUACUAGUAAUAGUAAUAUCAAUUCUACUUAAGAUUUCAUUAAUAAUACCAUGACUAUUUAAUUAUAACCUCAUAAGAAUAAUCCUAAUCUUAAAUCAAAUCAUAUCUAAUAAUAAAGUCCUACAAACAAUAAUAAUUAAUUGAAAUCUUUACUUUCUGAUGUUUGUAGAACUGAAAGAUAAACAGCAAUUGAUAAAUAGAAUUCGCAUACUCCUAUUAGUUAUAGAGUAAAUAAUAGAUCUCCAGAUUCUUCAUAUAUAAAUUCUUAAAAAAUAAAAUAAUAAUAAUAAGGUCAUUUAAAUAAAACACCUUAAAAUCGACCUAGAACAAAUACAGAAUAAUAAUAACCAUGUAUACAAUAUUUUUAUUAUAGGUUUUCCAUUUAAGUUCGAGACUAUUCAAUCCUUAUUGAGAAAUUAAGGAAACAUUUAUAAAUAAAAGUGA